CAAACAAUGUGCAGUACAUUACAGUGGGUGGACAAGAAAGGAUCUAGCUAAAUAAGUGGAUCAUCCUGUAGUGAACAUAAUGUUUGUUCUUUUAGGAUUGUGUAUCCUUUUUCCUUCUGUGACUCCUAGUAAAGUUGAAAUAAUUGAUGAAAGUGACAUACUAUUGGAGAGAUAUAAACGGGAAGUAGAUGAGAAUGAUAUCAGAGAUGCGCUUUGCAAGGAUAAAAAUCCUGGUGAAUUCUUCCGACUUGUUGCUGGAGCCAAGCAUUGUCGAGAUGUUGUAGCUUGUGCUGAUGGUGGUCUUCAAGCUAUACGAUGCCCUCCUGGUCUGGCCUUUGAUCUUGAGAAGCAAACUUGUGAGUGGAGAAAUGCAGUUCAGAACUGCAACACCAAGGCUCGUCCAAAGCUAGUUCUUCCACUCUUUAACACUAAAGAACCACUAUGUGAUCCUGGGUACUUGGCCUGUGGAGAUGGACAAUGUGUAAGGAAAGAGUUGUUUUGUGAUGAUAUCCCUCAAUGUAUUGAUGGUAGUGAUGAGAACCUGUGUGGUCCAAGGACUGAUCCUAACAGAGCUGAAUCAUGUGACACAGACAUCUGCAAGCUUCCUGACUGUUUCUGUUCUCCAUCUGGAACAAAGAUUCCUGGAGGUCUAAAACCUGAAGAUGUUCCUCAGAUGAUUGUAAUGUCCUUUGAUGAUGCUGUCAACAACAACAACUUUGAUAUCUAUAAGAACUUCUUCAAUGGACGGCGCAAGAAUCCCAACAGCUGUGAUAUCAAAGCUACCUUUUUUGUCUCUCACAAGUAUACCAACUACUCCAUGGUUCAAGAGUUAUACAGAAGUGGGCAUGAGAUAGCCAGCCACAGUAUUACUCAUGACAAUGUGGAAGACUACUGGACUUAUGGAACCAAGGAGUUGUGGACUCAAGAGAUGAAAGGAAGCAAAGAAAUCAUUGAGUCUUUUGGUGGAGUUCCUAAAGGAAGCGUAUACGGCAGCAGAUCUCCUCUGCUUAGACUAGGUGGAAAUAGACAGUUUGCUGCUCUAGAAGAAUCAGAUUUCCUGUAUGAUUCCUCACUAGUUGCUCCCCUACAGAACCCUCCUCUAUGGCCCUACACUACCUUCUUUGCAUUACCUCAUGCUUGCCACGGAAACUUCCAGAAGUGUCCCACAAGGAGUUAUGGAGUUUGGGAGAUGAUUGUUAAUGAGUUUGAUCCAAGAGAAGAACCAGGACAAGAUCUCAAGGAGCAAGUGUCUGGUUGUGCCAUGUUAGAUAGUUGUUCCAGCCUGCGAUCCCCGGAUAAUCUCUACAAUGUUCUCACUCACAACUUCAUCCGUCAUUAUGAGCAAAAUAGGGCUCCUUUUGGCAUUUACAUGCAUGCUGCAUGGUUGGGCAAAUCCCCCGAGAUGCUGGAGGCCCUGGAAUUUUGGUUGGACGAGAUACUCUCCACCUACAAGGAUGUUUAUGUUGUGUCCAUGUACGAUGUUUUAAAGUGGAUGCAACAGCCAGUGAGUAUCAGGGAUGCUGUUAAAUUCUCUGGUUGGAAGGAAAGGUGUACACAUCUUGAUACUCCAGACACAUGCAAGUCGUUGAAAGAAUGUGAAUUGGAGACUCCAGCUCUUGGUGGUGUUAAGCAGAGACUGCAGACCUGUCAAGAUUGUCCCUCCUACUAUCCCUGGUUAGGAGAUCCAACAGGAUCUGGAGUUUAUGAAGAUUUUACCUUUUCUGUCAAGGAACCUCAAGCCACUAGAAAUUAAUAAUUGUAGUUUUAUUUGGUAUUAGAAUAUGUAUGAAUAAAUAUUAUUGUGGACUAAA